UGCCCCUCCCCACCCACCAAUCAUCCCACCUGGCUGUCUCUCAGUCUCACCGCAGCUUCCGUCGACCAGGAUACAUGCAGAGAGGUCGCGUCCUCACCCUAGCCGCCGCAGCGCUCCUACUAGAGGCCCUCCCUCUAGCAGUCGCUCACGGCUCCGACCACAAUGAUGAGAACAUGAAUAUGGCACACCAUGAGGCUCCGGCUUCGGCCGGCAACAAGCCUAUGAGCUACUGGAGCUUCGCUGCCCACGUCGGCGUCAUAUACGCACACAUCGUCCUCAUGAGUUUGGCCUGGAUGGUGGUGCUGCCUGUUGGUGAGUGCUGAGAAUGAUGCGCCACAGCGAGGCUUCAAUCUGACCUGGUUCUAGGCGUGAUGUUUAGUGUCUCUAGGUCUCGGUUCGCGCUCUCAGCCCAGUUCAUUUUCCUCAUCGUCAAUGCCUUUGGCAUGCUCUUCGGCAUCAUAUAUGAUCGCAAGACCCCAAACCUGUACGCGAACAAUGCGCACAGCAAGACUGGGUGGAUUAUAACGUGGAUUGCCUCUGCUUGGGUCUUCAUGGCUCUCGUGCAGGCCUACACGAGUCGGGCCAAAGCGCACUCCAUGGAGGAUCAUAUUGCGCAGCCUGUGUCCAGCGCUGCAAUGGCCCAGUAUCAUCGCGUUGAGGACGCGCAGCCUAACUUCUCGAGGUGGUCGAAUGACUCUGGCCAUGGCACCGAGCGCAACUCGUCCUCGCUGUGUGGCCACUCUAGGUCGCCAAGUGUCGAGUCCGAGAACCAGCAGUAUAAUGAGCCUCAGAGCCCUUACCACCAUGACGAUGAUGAACCAUUUGACAAUGACGCGGAGAAGCGCGGCUUCUUGCGGAAUACUUCUGUUGAUCGAUUCCUCGGCCGCAAUAUUUCUCGACUCGCCUCCUUCGGCCGACUUUUGAAGACAAUGCGAUUCUUGUAUGUCGUGAUUGACCGUACCAUCUUGAUCCAAGGAUUUGUUGCCGUCACAAGCGGUACUGUGGUGUACGGCGGCAUUGGUCGAGGCGGUGCCGUCUUCAACGUCCUUGCGCAUUACGUAAAAGGAGGUAUCUUCUUCUGGUACGGCCUGCUCACCCUUGGCCGCUGGAUGGGCGCAUUCGCGGAUUUCGGUUGGGCGUGGAACAUAAAGCCGCCCAAAGAAGUGGUUGGUCGUCGGCGCGCGGCUCUACCUAGCGCCGAAUUCGUCGAAUCCUUCGUCAUCUUCCUCUACGGCUGCUCCAAUGUCUUUCUCGAGCACUUGGCAGCCUGGGGCGGCGCUUGGACCGCGCAGGAUCUCGAGCAUGUUUCCAUCUCCGUCAUGUUCUUCGGUGGUGGAUUGCUCGGAAUGAUUGUCGAGUCGCGCAAGAUGAGAGAUCUCCUCAACUAUUCCAUCGCAUCGGCCCAAGACUCCAUGAGCCCCAGCGAGUCGUGGCAGCCACCCAAGUCAUACCGCUUCUCGAUGAACCCGAUGCCCGGCCUUAUAAUCCUCCUCUUAGGCAUCAUGAUGAGCUCGCACCACCAAGCCUCGAUGCUGUCCAGCAUGAUCCACAAGCAGUGGGGCAACAUGUUCGUCGGUUUCGCUCUGGCGCGCGCCGUUACCUACAUCCUCAUGUAUCUCUGUCCGCCCACGUCGUACCUACCUUCGCGCCCACCAUCCGAGAUCAUCACUGCCUUCUGCCUGGUGGCCGGCGGCAUAACCUUCAUGGUGAGCAAUAAGGACACAGUUGCGGCGCUGGAGUCGUAUGGCCUGGACGCCAUGUUCACCUUUACCGUUACCAUCGGCUUCACGGCUCUGCUGUUGGCGUGGACGACGGUCCUCAUCGCCUUGAAGGGAUGGGCCGUUCGUAAGGAGAGCCAGACUCCCUUUGCCAAACGCAGCGCUGGCGCGCUCGCGUAAAUUGCAGUGCAACAAAAAGUAAUGUCCGCCGGUCUCGAGCCUCGAUGGCUCCAUGGAAAGACGCGAGAGAAGGAGUAGGCAGACAGACUGAUCGCCG